AUGGAUGUGUAUGUUUCGUUUGUUGGUUGGAUGUUUCUUUGUCUUUCCCUUUGUCUUUUCAUUUUUGCUUUCUAUGCUUACUUUAAGGAUCAGAAGUGCGAUAAGGCCGUACAAUCAGGACAAGUAGUGUUAGAAGACACAAAGAAGGACAGAGGCAGCCGUCAUGGCAUUGUAGCCUCUGAGCUAGAGGAGGGUUCGGACGUGGAAAGCGAGGCUUCUAGGGGAACCCUGCUGAUGGAGGGACGCGCCCCAAAAAAGAAAGGAAGGCCCCAAGAACCAUCCAUGACCCGUCCGUCUCUUUAUCCCUCGCUACGUCAAUUUCAGCAGGGACGGGCUAACGGGGAUUCUGACCCCCCUAUUGAAGAGGAAGCUGCGACAUAUGAUAGUGACCGAUACUUACCACUAAAGGGCUCUGAGGAUGACCCGCCCCCUUAUCUUAACAAAGCGGAAGGCGGACUUUCUUUUGCAAAACCCGGGCUCUGGGCAGAAGUUAGGCGAGAGCUACAGUUAACUUACCCAGUUUUUGAAGAUAAUAAUCAACAGCGAUAUCAUGAGCCCCUAGACUUUAAAAUAAUUAAGUCCUUGGCAGAAUCAGUAAAGACUUAUGGAGCCAACGCCGCAUUUACUAUAACUCAAAUAGAAGGUUUAUUCAGAUAUUGUAUGACCCCAAAUGAUUGGCAACAGGUGGCUAGAGCGGUGUUGACGCCUGGACAAUACUUGGACUGGCGCACCUUCUUAAUGGAAUUUGCAAAUGAGCAAGCAGCAACCAAUCUAGCCCAAGGAGGGGCACGAGCAGUCUGGGAUAGGGACAUGUUAUUAGGACUUGGCAGAUUCGCCAAUCAGCAGACCGGGUACCCCCCAGAAGUUUAUACGCAGGUGAACCAAAUAGGAUUGAAAGCGUGGAAAGCUCUACCCAACAGAGGGGAAGUCCGAGGCAACCUUACUAAAAUAGUUCAAGGGCCCCUGGAACCGUUUUCCGAAUUUGUUGCCCGUGUAGUCGAGGCUGCCGGAAAAAUCUUUGGAGAUUCGGACACUGCGAUGCCUCUCAUAAAGCAGUUGGUAUUUGAACAAUGCACUGCUGAGUGUCGCAAGGCUAUCGCCCCCUAUAAGAGUCUGGGACUGGAGUAUUGGAUGAAAAUAUGCCGAGAAAUAGGGGGCCCCCUAACCACCACAGGCUUAGCUGCGGCUGUCAUGGAUAUUACCAAGAAAGUUACGGGACUCGCUAUAACCUGCUAUACGUGUGGAAGGACAGGGCACCUGAGGAGACAGUGUCCCGUCAAUAACCAAGUUGUAGGACCACUUACACACGCUUAA